AUGAAUGGAUCAUUCAUUGAGAUGAUUAAAGAUAUCAAGAGGGACGAUAGCAUAAAAAAUGUGGAAAAAAAUUAUGAACUCUGUGUUAACAGCAUUAAAGAAAUAGAAAAAAAAAAAAAAAAAAAAAAUGAACACAUAUUUCUUUUGAAUAAUUCUACAAUUAAAGAAAAAUCAAUCGCACUUUUAAAAUUGCUAUAUCUACAAAUGUUUGGUAAAAAAAUAGAUCCAGAACAUAAUUUUGCUGUAAUAGAAAUAUUAACAUGUGAUAAAUAUAUAUUGAAAAGACGUGCACAUUUAUUUUUACAUAAUGCUAGUGACAAAGAGGAUAUUAUAUUCCUUUCAAUAAAUUUAUUUAAAAAAGAAUUAUAUAAAGAGAAUUUCCCAACUGACAGUUCAUGCACCAAGGCUAAUGUUCUCAGUUCUCUAUCCAACAUUGGAUGUACAUUUGUGAAGGAUAAUAUUUCCCUGCUCAAUGAUUCUAUAAGCGCAUACAUUGAUGUAACAAAUGGAUCAAGUGCCAACUCUGUUUCAGUGAAAAGGCAGAAUCUCCCUUUUAAUGAAAUUACCACGAAAGGAGAAGAUCAUAAAAAGAAUCAAUUCGGUCAAAGAAAUUGCUUUGAAAAAGAAACAAAAAUUUACAACACAGUACUUAUUUUAAAUACUGUAAGUAAUAUAUGCACAAAUAUCAUGAGCAGUAAUCUGUAUAGUGAUAUUUUCCUCCUAUUGAAUAACUCUCAACUUUAUAUAAGAAAGAAAACCAUUAUAAGUUUACACAAAUUAGUAAUUUGUAAUCUAGAUAUAUUGCCCAUAUUCUUUGAUGUUAUAAAAAAAAAUUUCAUUGCACUUUACAAUAAUGAGAAUCCGUCUUUCAAUAAACUUCCAAAGGAUCAAGUGGAUUACUCUCAUACGAACAAUAACACUAUUUUAUGCUGUCUCAUAAUUAAUAUACUAGCCGAGAUAUUUUGCACUUUGGAGAAAAACGACCUGACAUGUUCAGGUGAAAAGUGUGAAAUGUCGAUAGGAAAUACGAGGAAUUCGACCAACAUAGGAAAGAACAAAGGAAAGGGUAGGCCACCAAUGGAAGAGGCAAACAAUAUGUACCACAAAAGAGAUAUUACAAAUUUGCCAGCUAAACAAACAGAUAAGAGCUACCAAGCGUGUAGUAGAACCCAUGACCAACAAGAAACCAGAAAAAUAAUCCAUGAAAAUGAAGUAUCUGUACAUCUAAAAAAGUUCCUUUCCUUUAUUCCCCUUAUUUACAACAUACUAAAUGAACGCCUCAGCAUGAUUGAUAAUUGGAAGCUUAUAAAAAUAAUCAAGUUUUUAAAUAGGCUAGUAAAAUAUGAAAACAGAAUCUAUAAAAAGUUUCUGCAUCUAAUUGUUCAUAUAUUUUUUACUAGCAAGGCGAAAAGUGUCAUAUAUGAAUGCCUAGCGUUUUUACUCAUUAACUACCCAAAGGAUUGCUACAUUGAAUUCGACAUUGAGAGGUAUGUGAUCAAUUCAGUGACGAUUCCAGAAGAGGUCCCAACUGUCAGUGUAACUACAGAAGAGAGUACCAAAUCUGCUGAAGGUAAAUGCAAAAGUGGAUAUUUAAACGAGAGACAUCAAAAGAGUCUAGAAAACAGCACUGUUGUUCCACCUAAGGAAAAUGCGUCUAAAUUUGAAAAGAAGGAAAAUUUCGUAGGAGACACAAUUCCAUUAUCUGAUACUAUCAAGGGAGACGACCAACAGAGUAAUCGAAAUGUAAAUGUAAAAAGAGGAAUCAUAUCUUCUGAUUCCCAGAAUGAACAAACGAUUCAGAAUUCCAUGGACAAACUAUUGUACCUAUGUUUGAGAUACCUGAUGAAGGAUUUUUUCAAUGAAGACAAAAAUAUCGUUUACAUGACAACCAAGUUGUAUGAAUACAUAUUCGUGUCUCCAAAUUUGUAUUACAAAUUCAUGCAGUACAAUAUGAUAAGCCAAUUUUCAAAUGGUAUUUUAAAUAAUUUUUACAAAGAUAUUACUAUAAGAAGAAUUUUGCUUCAUAUCUUAUACUACCUGAUGAAUGAAAAUAAUUUCGAAAGUAUUGUUUACAAUAUCUUAACCUAUCUCCACAAUAAAUCAGAAUCUGAUUUUACAGGAGAAUACAUAAAUGUUAUACUACAGUAUGGAGAGAAUCAUUUGCACUUGGUGAAAAAUCGGAAUUUAUAUAUUUUCAUUUUAUUUUUCUUGCUAUGUCUUAAGAACCACAAAAAAGAAUUAGAUGUGCUGCAGGAAAUUCUUCGUGUAAACAAAAAACCUGGAGAAGAGGAUACUGUUCAUAUCACAACAAAUUUUUUGAGUGCUAUGUAUAUAGUUACAUAUAGUGCUGCAUUGAUGAAGUAUUCUCUAAGUCAGGCACCACCAGUAGCUUCAGAUAUAGUGAGGGGUUCUGAUACAAGCAAGAUGAGCUAUGCUAAUCCAACAAAUGUGCAAGAGAAUGUGCAAGAUGGAACAAACAUUCAUGCUUCAGUUAAAACAAUACACGGUGUACAUAAAACAAAUCACGACUCUAUCAUUCUAGACGAUAUUUGCAACUUCUUAAGAGAGAUCAAAACAUUUGAUGUGUUGUCUCGGUAUGACAUAUUUGCAUAUAUCACAGCUACAUUAAAUAUGAAGCAAAACAUUAAUAUAGACAACGAGAAAGUACCAUAUGAAGAUGUGAAUAGAGUAAAUGUAACCAUAUUUGAGUAUCUAAUUUAUUUUUUAAGUCUUUACCUAGAAGAAACUUACAACCAGAUAAAGGAAUAUAAAAAUAACGAAUUUCUUAAUAUAUUUUUUUUUUCCUUAUAUAUAUUUUUCACCCACUUUAGUUCCAGUAGCAUUUUGUGGUAUAUUAUGAAAAUUUUUUUGUUCUUUUAUCAGUUCGAGGAACAUGCAAAUGUGGUUUCUUUUUAUUUCAAAAAAUUGGCUUUUCACGUGAAUUAUCUCAUUGAUAAGAGGGACACCGUGCACAAUAUUGAUAGGUGUGUUUUGUUGAGGAUUCUUCUUACCUUGAUAAAUGUCCAGACUUCCCUCAUUACCCAGGCAAGCGAUGGGAUCCCUGUGAGGCACUGCAACAGUGAGAGUAACUUCCACAGUGUAGGUGAGUUUAAUUUCUACUCUUAUUUAACUGAUUAUGUGGAAAUCCCCAAGUCAGACAUGCAAGUAGAUUUGGACAAGCCUUUCAAGUAUGACGACUCGUUUUUUUUGCAUUCUGCAAAGAUGAAAGAUUCCCAAAUCCAAUAUCAGAAAAACACACGUGAUAUCCCAUCCGUCACGGGUUUUGCAUCUGCGCUAGAUGCUAUUGAAACUCGUGGUGAGGUAAACACUGUAGAAUCUACUACAUCUGUUACGGCAUCUACAAGUGCAUCUAUAACCAUUGCAUAUGAUAUACCCAUCAGUUCUGCAAGAAAUAAUGACAUGAACUCAUGGAAAGGAGAAAAAUUUCACAAAGAUAUUCAAAAUUUUGUAGAUAAACUGAAAGAGGAACUUAAAAAGUGGAAGAAAAAACAAGCGUUUUAUCAGAUUCAUGAGAAUGAUCAAGUUAAGUUAUACUUUCAGAUAUGCCAAGAAGAGGAACUACUCCGUUUAUAUAUCCAAUUGGUUGAUCCACAUCUAUCUCUUGAAAAGUUCAACAUAUAUACAUCUCUACAAGUGAAAACAUAUGAUGUAGUAAAAAAAAAGAAAGAGUAUGAAAUGGUACUCAUAGACGAUUGCGAUUUAAUUCAUCAAAGUAAAUUCAACGUAAAUGUAGAAACAGAAACAAAUUUUCACCAUCAUAAUAACUCGCAUAAGCAUCCCCACAAUGUUGAUAUUUCCAAUAAAAGGAACGCAGAGGAAGAAAAUAAAAAAAGUGAUCAAGUCAAAUUAACAGGGGUAGAAAAUGUCUGUGACAAUUUACUCAUCUGUGUAAAAUUUGAAAUGCCAUCUUCCUUUGUUACCUUAUCAUAUGAUUAUUUUUGUAAUUCUCGUUAUUAUCAAGUACAAUCUGUUCACAUUCCAUUUGUCCCACUUUAUCCAAUCAGUAUAUCUGUAGAUGAGCUUACGAAAGUACGUCUUAAAAAUGUGGAAAUAAUUAAAAAGCAGAAUAGUACCCAUAGAACCUUAACACACGAGAUAAAAUUAGACAAUGGAACAGAUCCAAACAGAAUAAUUUUCAGCUACUAUGCAUUUCUAGCAGAAUAUUUACAUUUGUUUUUUUUUAAUAUGAAAAACGUUUUUUUGAAUUUGCAACAUGGCUCUUGUAAGGAUAAGCUUCGCCUUAUUUUUUGUGUCAUUCUUGUUUCUCAGAGAAAGACCACAGGAGGCAAAACAGUUCUUCUGAUUAACGUACAGCAUAAGAAAAAAAGCCAAGUGGGAGACAUCUGCAUCUAUGAUAUCGAAACGAAAAUAAAAAUUUUAAAUGAUUCCGAGGAUCAAUGUUUCCAACUUCUCCACUAUAUCCAGUUUUACUUAACUAAAUUGCUAUCAGAAAAAAUAAAAAUAAAAUUUCCUUGCGUUGCAGUGACACGCGUCUAG